AUGAGGGAUUCCGUUGUUCUUCAAGUGGAUGUAGUCGUUCUUUUCCUCCUUGCGUCUGUUUGGAGGCUAAUAUCUUUCCACCAAUUGACGACUUCAAAGUGCCACUUUUCCACUUUCUUCAGCGCACGGAGAUCAAAGACCAAGAUGGCCAGCCAGGAGGAGGUAUCGUUCAGGUGCAAGAUGUGCCAAUUUAUGGCCAAGUCAAAAGUAGACAUUGCCGACCACUUCAUGGAAAUUCAUGCUGCAGUUGAGGUCGUAGACACCAACGCUCCGAAUUCAUCGGGGCCAAGUCAAAGCAGGAGUCCAGAGAAAAGCAAAACUGGAGACAUCGAUAUCAGUGCCAUUAAGAAAGAAGUAACUGCCAUCAAAGAGAAGGUGAAGAAACCGCAGACAAAGGUCAAGACAGCAUCAAGGUCAAAGCCUGGUUUCCGUGGAAAUGCAAUACGCAGUACUAUUAGCCAUCUUGUGAGGGCUGCUGAACAACAGGCUCAAGCAGGUACUUCAAAGAGUAGAGUAAAACCGAGCGUUACCGUCAAGUUUGUCGGGAAAACAUCCAACAUAGUUGACAGAGAACUUCGUCAACAUAAGAAGAAGCGCAAGUUUGACGAUUUCGUCAUGUAUAAUGACGACGACAUAGUCAUAGCCAAAACGGCAAAGCUAUCUACAGAUAGUAAUGAAAACGGAACCCAAGUCCCGAGCCCUCGUCCCAGAAGCAAGUCUCAAGUUAAGAAACGAGAGUUAGCAGAAAAAAUAUCCAAGAUUAAGGUGAAGGAUUUCAAGGUUUUAACAUUGUCCAUAUCUGGGCAAGAAUUUACGGCCAAAGUAGAGGAGCAUUUACAGAUCUGGUUGGAUAAGUGGAACGAAAAGAACAAUUCCAAAGCAGCCAAAUGUGACCACGAGAACUGUGGUCUUGAGUUGGAUCAGUCGCAGAUGUUGUUGCACAAACAGUGCCACAUCAAGAACUACUACGGGUUUCGGUGUCCACACUGUGAUUUCAUGCACUCACGCUGGCGGAACAUGAAAUGUCAUGUCUACAACCUGCACAAAGGGAGGCAGUUGUUGAGGUGUGAUUGGGCGGGAUGCACGGAGGCGUUCACGAUCUUAGCGGGGCUGAAACGUCACAUGCAGCGAGAUCACAUUCAGCAAAAGCUUAUCAAAGAGUACACCCCCGGGCUGGAACAGUCCCAAGAUACACAAGAUGGUGAGGAACAAGUUGGUGAGAAGCAAGUUGGUGAGAAGCAAGGUGAUAAGGUACAAGAUGGUGAGAAGCAAGAUGAUGAGGAACAAGUUGGUGAGGAACAAGUUGGUGAGGAACAAGUUGGUGAGGAACAAGUUGGUGAGGAACAAGUUGGUGAGGAACAAGUUGGUGAGGAACAAGGUGGUGAGACACAAGAUGGUGAGAAGCAAGAUGGUGAAGAACAACAAGUUGGUGAGAAGCAAGGUGGUGAGGAACACGAUGCUGGAAAACAAGAUGGUGAGGAACACGAUGCUGGAAAACAAGAUGGUGAGGAACAAGAUUGUGAAACACAAGAUGAUGAGACACAAGAUGAUGAGACACAAGUGCAGGAGUCACAACAUGAUGAGACACAAGUGGAGGCGAAACCUGCCAAAGGAGCUUUGAAUGUCACAAAGCAGCAACUGACCAAAGUGGAUGGCCACGUCAUUCGGAAGAAGUCGAAGAAGAAGAAGAAAGAGCGUGAGGAAAUCACUCUUAAAGAUCUGAAGAAGAGGAGGCGACGAUUCGAGCCACUUCCCUGGCGACCUACCUGCUCCAUGUGCGAAAUGAAGUACAUCGCUCUGGACAAAUUGGACGACCAUUUGGAGCAGCAUGUGGUGCCCGAAGGGGAGGAGAAAGUCAAGUGCACAGAGUGCGGGAUCGUUACCGACAACAGGUCCUUGCUGAAGGCGCACAUGCAGAAGUGUCACCCGCGAAUGCUGAAAGUCUAUCGCUGUGAUCAGUGCAAGUACGCCGGCGAUCGCCAGUUCGACUUCCAGAAACACCUUAUCACCCACUGCGACACCAAACCGUGCAUGUGUGAGGUGUGCGGUAAGCUCAUGUCAACGGUGUACAACCUGAAGGUCCACCGUCUGCGCGUGCAUGCCACAGAUGCGGAGAAGACCAUACAUUGCCAACACUGCACCUACCGCUGCGCAAACAUUAUCGUGCUGAAGGAUCACAUGCGCUUCCAGCAUAACCUGAUGUGGAACGGAGACUGCUACAAGAGCGACGAGAAGCUGCGCAGGUACAAGUGUGACUUGUGCUCUUACGUGGGCAGGAAGGAGAGUAGUCUGCAGUUUCAUAUGCGUGUGCACACAGAAAAUCGUCAGUUCCCAUGCAACUUGUGUGCCUAUGCAAGCAAGACCAAGAACAACCUGUUCCUGCACAUGAGGACCCACGGAGGGAUGAAGCCGGUCAAGUGCCCCCAGUGUGAUUACAGAGGUGCGACCAAUAAAGUGGUGAACGAACACGUACUGAGCAAGCAUUCCUGCCUGCGUCCUUACAGAUGCCCGUGCGGCUGGUCCACAUCCUACAGCGGCAACAUGUGGAAACAUGUACAAAUGCACCGUGAGAAGGAUGAUGGCUACCGGUCGGUCGCCAUGAAGAUGUACGGAAGCCCAAAAAUGAAGAAGGGUGAGUUGAAGCAGGGACAGGUGAAGGCGGAAAGCCCACCAAACGACAACGUCAUAGCCACCAUCGUACGAGAUCUAGAAGGAGUGGAGCACAGAGAGGAACUGCAGCUCAACAACCUUGCAGAGGCCGUGUGCAUGGCAGCCGAUAAAGGCAACGUGCAGCACGGGGGAGGCCAAGACGCCAGCCAUCUACAGACCACACAGGCAGCAAAUUUCCUGUCCAAGCUCGCCCAUGCUGUUUCCACCGGGCAAGUGGACAAACAAAUGCCGGAGCAGACCACUGAGGGAGCGGACCAAACUAUUGAAGACUUGGUCUUGUGGUAGUAACCCCUCCCCCUUAACACUCAUAAUAUCUGAUAUUUUAGACUCAUUACCAUUACAACGCUUGUGUUUUAUAAUAAUUGUAGUUGACACUUGGUAGUGCCAGUAUCCACCAGUUUUGGCACUUAUGGCGUAUGAACAUUAUUACCCCCGUCAUUGGGCCUUCUAGUUCAAUUCUUAUACCAUCUCAGCUCCUCGGGGAGUAUAAUAACUCGGGCUGUUGAUAGUGUUAAUCAUUCCAUUAAUCAUUCACAAGAACCAGGGGUUGAUUUCACAGAGCAAUAAAAUCCAUCGUAAGAAAAUUUGUCAGUAUCACCAUAGCGAUUUGUAUUGUGACAUCACACUUUACUAAGCAACUACGAUUGAUUUGGAAUUAAGAUCAAUCUAAGCUCUUUGUGAAGUUGGCCCAAGCUCUGCCCUCUUUCAUUAACCCCUUUAGUGAAGAGAAGCAGUUAUAGUAAAGCAUCUUGCUCAAAGUGUCGUGACUGGGGUUGGAACCAACGAUCCAAUGACUAAGCCACCUUAAGUUGAGUUGGAUGCACUAGAAAAGAUUGUUGAAAACAAUUUUGCGAUUUACCAUAUUCCAAUAGGUACAAAAGAGAUUUCUUAUGUGAGUUUGAACAUAAUACAAGCCUUAACCUCGUGCUACAAUGAUGUAAAUUGCCACUGUAUUUGAUACCCUCACAGUGCAACAUUUUUCAACAUCCAAAACAUUCGACGACAUUUGUUCUGAGAAAAGCUGGUUCUGUACAUUUUUAUAUAAUAACAAUAGCGCUUUUAUUACAAAAGUACCAUAAAGCGCUUUACAAAAUACAAAAGCAACCAAACAAAAAGAUGUGGAUGUUUUUUUUCAUGUAAGUGACUUUUUUCGUCUGA